UUUAUAAUGAUACUUUUUUCCUGGAUAUUUGUAGAUUUAGAUUUGAACAUAUGACGUAUAAAUGUAACGUCGCGAACAGAAGCCCGAUUGAUUUUCUGGACGAUGUAUAUCAUAAACAUUUUGUAUUUUCAAUUCAUAUUCAUCGAAAAGCUCUACAAUUUGCGAAACUCAUUGAAAGUGUAUUUUCGAUAUCAUUCGCUAUACAACUUACAAUAGUUACGGUUGCUGUUAGCAUUACUUUAUUGCAAGUAAGUUAUUUGCAAUUAGUUUCAUAUAUGAGAAUUCUGAAAAAUAUGAUGCAGGUCUAAAAAUGCAUGUAUUCACUUAAGGUCUCGACUCAGUUGCAUCUUAAUAUAGCGGAAGCGACAAGAUAUUUUCUCUUUAUUGUUGCUCAAUUAUAUUACUUGUUCUGCUUUAGUCUCCAAGGACAGAAACUGAUGGAUCACAGUAUCGAUAUUCGUGACAAGAUUUACAAUAAUGCGUGGUAUAAAAUACCUGUCAAGAGGCAAAAAAUGUUCUUGAUCGUGAUGAGAAAAGGCAUCGAAGCCAGUACUGUGACUGCCUGCCAGAUAUAUGUAUAUUCUUUGCAAAAUUUCACAACGAUCCUGCAAGCCGCAAUGUCAUAUUUUACGGUGCUAGCGUCCUUCAAUGAAUGAAUCAAUGGUGAUUA